CACCUGCCUCUGGGCGGCCCGGGCGCCCACCACACCCUCUUCGUGGACUGCAUCCCCCUCUUCCACGGCACCCUGGCCCUCGCGCCCAUGCUGGAGGUGGCCCUCACCCUGAUUGAUUCGUGGUGCAAAGAUAACAGCUAUGUGAUUGCUGGUUAUUAUCAAGCUAAUGAGCGAGUAAAGGAUGCCAGUCCAAACCAGGUGGCAGAGAAGGUGGCCUCCAGGAUCGCCGAGAGCUUCAGCGACACCGCCCUCAUCAUGGUAGACAACACCAAGUUCACAAUGGACUGCAUAGUGCCCACCAUCCACGUGUAUGAGCACCACGAGAACCGGUGGCGGUGCAGAGACCCACACCAUGACUACUGUGAAGACUGGCCGGAGGCACAGAGGAUCUCAGCCUCACUCCUGGAUAGCCGGUCCUACGAGACGCUUGUGGACUUCGAUAACCACCUGGAUGACAUUAGGAAUGACUGGACAAACCCUGAGAUCAAUAAGGCCGUUCUACACCUGUGUUAGGCAGGCAUUGCAGUGGCUGGUCUCUGGGCAUUUCCACACGCUGAAGAAGAGCUAUUUUUAAAUGUAAAUAGAAUUUCGUAGCCUGUGUGGAAAGCUGACCGUUACAAGAAGUGGCAUGUGCCUUGAAAGAGUGUCAGUCAGUUGUCUUUCUAACAGGCUCUCGAAGAGCUGCGGGCUGUCCCAUCUGACUGUCCCCAUGGAGUCUCUCCCACGUGUAUGUUGCUGUAAUCUUCCAAAUCAGAGCACUUCUGCUUGUCCAAGAUUGUUCCUAUUAAACAGUUUUAACUAACCUUUUCUAAUCUGGAAAGAAUACUUUGUAAGGCUUAUGAACUAUCAUUAAGGAAAAAAAUAGCCCACACCUUAUACUC